GUUUGUUCUAAAUCAUCUGCGUUGUAGAGAAAGGUUCGAAAUUUUGCUAGUUUUCGAGUGGGAAAUAUAAAUUACCAAGUGUAGACAACCGCUCCGAGGUCGCGAAGAACGGCUGAAAGGCAAGAUAGGUAAGAACCGCGACAUCAGGCUGAAAGGCGAUAGGUAAUAACAGCGACAUCAGGCUGAAAGGCGAUAGGUAAGAACCGCGACGACCGGCAGAUAGGUGACAGGGAAGAACCGCGAAGACUGGCUGAAAGGCGGUAGGUAAGAACCGUGAAGACUGGCUGAAAGGCGGUAGGUAAGAACCGUGAAGACUGGCUGAAAGGCGGUAGGUAAGAACCGUGAAGACUGGCUGAAAGGCGAUAGGUAAGAACCGCGACUACCAGCAGAUAGGUGACAGGGAAGAACCGUGAAGACUGGCUCAAAGGCGGUAAGUAAGAAACGUGACGACUGGCUGAAAGGCGAUAGGCAAGAAACGCGACGACCGGCAGAUAGGUGACAGAGAAUAACCGUGAAGAUUGGCUGAAAGGCGGUAGGUAAGAACCGUGAAGACUGGCUGAAAGGCGAUAGUUAAGAACCGUGAAGACCGGUAGAUAGGUAGUAGGGAAGAACCGUUAAGACUGGCUGAAAGGCGGUAGGUAAGAACCGUGAAGACCGGCUGAAAGGCGAUAGUUAAGAACCGUGAAGACCGGCAGUACGGCAGUAGGGCGACAGAGAAGGACCGCGGAGAUGACCUCCAAGAGCGCCUCCUCGUGGACGGCGGACGCCAGCGCCAAGAGCUCCUCGGCCUGCACCACGACUGGGGGCGGCACGGGGGGCGGCACCGGGGACGGGGCCGGCGCAGCUGACCGCCGCCGGGGGCAGCAGUCGUACUGCGCGGACUCCGACCCCACCUUCGGCGGCGACUGCAGCAGCCAGAGCGACGCGGCCGGCCCGUGGGCUGCUGCGCCGCCGAAGCAGUCCUCGCACAGGCGUCGCCACGGCAAGGCCGUCAGGGCCAAGCACGCGACUCCUCCCCAGCCGAAGAAGAAGCCCGCGCGCUGCCCCAAGGCGGAGGAUGCUCCCGAGCCCCCGCCCCUGUGGACGACCACGGUGCGCGUGGCUCCCCCCUUCGCCGGCGUGGUGCCCUACGACCCUCCAGACGCCGGCGACAGGCUUGACGGCAUAGCGGACGCCCCCACCAUCGCCUGCACGGACAAGGGCGACAUCAUCUACGUGGGCAUGUUCACGGACCUGCGCGAGCGGUUGGAGAUCAUGCAGACGACCCUGGACUUCGAGGGAUACUCGCUGGUGACGGAGCACCAGCGGUACCGCAACCAGGCCGAGGAGGGGGAGGAGCGCCAGAGACAGCUGUACCGGCGCCUCAAGCGGCUGGCGCAGCUGGUGGACGAGCGCAAGGACCGGCUGGACGAGUGGAACAAGGUGCUGCGCCGCAAGCCCCAGACGUCCUGACGCCCCGGGACUGCGCCCCCGCCAGCCGAGCCACGCCGACCCCUUCUGACGGUUGGAUCGUCAUGUAUCAUGCAGUAUCAUGGCCACAACGACCUCGGAGCUGUUCAUUUUCAAACACAAAACAACAGAAGUGGUUUUUUUCUCAUCCUUGUCUGGUCAUGCCAAUUGAAAAACGUCCCAAUUUGGUUUUUUGUUAAUUAACUCUCACGAUGGUUUUUUUUUAGUAAAGUAUAAUCAACAUGCAGUGUGGAUCAGGUUUUGAUAAUAAAAUGUGUUGAUAGUUA